AUGUACCUGGGGGCUCCCCAGGCACAGAAGGCUGAGGCGAACACAUUCCUUCAAGAUUUCCAAAAAUCCCAUGAAGCCUGGCAAGUCGUCCAUGAUAUCCUCGCCAAUCCUGAUCAGCAUGUGUUGCAAACCCAAAUGUUUGCCGCCCAAACGUUACGCAACAAGAUUACAUAUGACUUGAGCCAAAUUCCCCCUGGCGAUUACGACAAACUCAAGAAUUCAUUAAUUGAAUUACUUCCUCUUUACGCUGCUCAUGAGUAUCGACUUGUCAGAACACAGCUCAAUAUCGCGCUCUCCCAGUUGGCCUUACAGUAUUUGCAAUGGGACAAUGCAACGGAGGAAGUCAUUUCGAAGUUGCUGCUGCUGAUGGAAACAGUCCCUACUCUCUUGGAAUUUUUAAGAGUGUUGCCUGAGGAACUUAGUGAGGUCAAAAAGACGAGUUUAACUGAUGAAGAGUUUUAUCUGCGAACUGAUGUUUUGAUUAGCCGUCAAGUUGAACGAGUUGUUGGUAUUUUGGCCAAUUUGGCGGAGAAGCAUAGCGAUGAUUCUCAAUUAAGUGCAUUAGUGCUUGACGCACUCAAUCUGUGGAUUAAGGAAUGCCCCAUUGAACUGAUUGUCACGGUGACACCAUUGACAAAUUUAGUCUAUCAAUCAUUGCUUAAUGAAGCUACGUUCGACAAAGCGGUUGAUUGUCUCAUUACAAUCUUGAGGGAAACUCGCGAUAUUACUAAUGAUCAAUUGAUCAAUUCAUUAUUCGAACUGUUAUUGCAAAUCAGAGAUUUCUUUUUCAAGGCCCAUAAGGAUCGCUUGGAGGACCCCGAAACGGUCGAACAGUUAACUAGGCUUUAUGUCGAAGCAGGCGAACUGUGGCAUGUGUUGAUUGCAAAGAACCCGGAGCACUUCAUGCCCCUUGUUCAAAUUCUUGCUGAGCUUACGAAAUUUGAUGAAGAUUUGGAUGUGGUCAAGUACACUUUUCCAUUUUGGUUUGAGCUCAAGCAACUUAUCACCCUCCCGAAAUUCGAACAAAGCAAGAUGUUAUUCAGUAAUGUCUACGCAGAGCUCAUUGAGACUCUCAUAAAGCACUUGACAUACCCGUUGGGAGACAAUGAUAAUGAUCUUUUUGACGGGGAUAAGGAGUCUGAAGAUAAAUUUAAGGAGUUCAGGUAUGACAUGGGAGAUGUUCUUAAAGACUGUUGUGCUGUGGUAGGUGCAACUAGAGCAUUGUCUAUCCCGUAUGACAAAUUGCAGGCUCUCCUACUGAAUAAGAAUCCUUCUACUGCACGCUGGCAAUAUCUCGAAAGCCCGCUUUUCUCAUUGAGAACUAUGGCGAAAGAAGUUCCUCUUACCGAGAAGCUGGUCUUGCCCAACAUUAUGAGUCUUUUGGUACAAUUACCUGAACAUCCUAAGCUUCGCUAUGCCGCAACACUUGUGCUUGGUCGAUACACAGAAUGGACUUCAAGAAACUCUCAGUAUUUGGAACCGCAACUUAAUUACAUCAUCAUGGGUUUCCAAGUCGCAAGUGGCACAUCCUUGAAUGCCAGUGGGUAUCUGGACAUUGUUGUGGCAGCAUCGCGAGCCUUGAUGUUUUUCUGUUUGGAUUGUCUGAACUUGCUUGUCAACUAUAUUGAACAAUUAUACCACGUGUAUGAUCAGAUCAAGGAUCACGUUGACAAGGAGUCUCAUUAUGAAUUAGCCCAAGGUUUAGCUUGUGUGAUGACACAAGUACCCCAAGAAGCGCAAUACAAUACAGCAGAAAAGUUUAUUGGACCAACUUUAACGAAGUUGGCUGCAUUGCAGGCACCUCAAGAUCAUGAAGUCGCUUCCGUGCAACUUGAGGUUCUCAAUUCAUUUGUUAUGAAGUUGGCCGCAAAAUCAUUCGAAAAGCCCGAAAAUGCAUUUGCCAACUUUUACAUAACCAAAAUCUGGCCGGUUUUGACGAAGACGUUACUUCAAUUUGGUUCGCAAGGUGAUGUAAAUGAACACGCGGCUACUUUGAUAAAGUCAGCAACCCAGGCGUUCUCAACGUAUCUUCUACCAAUAUUGGGUGAGGUCGCCACAUUGUUGCAUGAAGGAUUUGCUCAGAGUCACGCGGGUUGCUUUUUGUGGGCUCUGGGGGUUCUCGUCCGCGAAUACGGCGAUGAAUAUUGCGACGAUGAUACCAAAAAUUCCAUUUAUAAUUUUGCCAUCAGCCAAUGCCUGGCUUUUUUCACUUUCAUUGGCAGUUCUACUGUCAACCUGCAUAUCGAUCUCAUGGAAGACUUUUACCGAAUGGCUGGAGAUAUAUUGAUGUUUUUCCCCGAAAAAAUUGUCUCCAAUGACGAUCUCAUGGCAUUAGUCCUUAAAGUAUCUGAGGUCACCUUGUCCAACUUGGUCGAGCGGCAGCCGUUAAUCGAGUGCCUACACUUUCUCAUCGACUUAAUUCUGUGGGGGUUGCCUCACCCGCCUGUACUGUUCUUUGGAGGAGACACAGACUUCAUCCGUAAUCACGUUAAGUUGAUUCUAGCUCAAAAUGGACUUGCUCUUCUCAAAGUGGUUGUACGUGGGGUUGUCUUCACUUUUCCUCAGGACUUGCUUCAAGACGCAAAUGAUCUUUUGUUGAAACUUUUGACCGUAAUGGAGGCGCCAGUGGCCAUUGAUUGGUUGCAGCAAGCGGUAUCGAAUCUCCCUGAUGUAAAUGACAAAGAGUUGGAGAAAUUGAUGCUGGUUGUUCUGGUGGCGUUGCCUAAUCGUGACAAUCGUCGUGUUAGAUCUGGAUUGAAAGAUUUCGUGACUUGGUAUACACGCAAAAAUGUUACCCCGCGAACUCAAUUUACAUAA